AAUUCGGUCUUCUCCUUAGCUGGGAGGAAGUUCACGCGUUUAACGUUCCCGGGAAAGUGCGCCAUCACGCGGUGAAAGUUUAGUAACAAUCGGAAAACGGUUACAAUUGCAUUGAAUUACUCUAUGUGCAAAUAUUGGUGGUUGUUUCAUUGAAAGCAUGUGGGGGUGUUUCAGGUGUUUCUUUGAAGAGUUCACAUAGUAUGUGGUCCUUGUGCAGAAGUGUGCCUAAAGAAUUUAUAGUGAAACUACAAUGGACGACACACAGAGGAAGGUGGUAGAGUUGAAUACAAUCUGCAAGGCAGCUGUUCCGUGAGCGGUUUCACCACAAUGCAAAAGGAUACAAUGAAUACGAAUACACUAACUCCCCUGGAAGAUCACAACUUACUGACGCAUCAGGAUCUCUUGGCGGCCCUAAAUCAAAGCAUUGAGCUAAAAUGUCUCCUAAAAAGCCAACUCGAGGAAGCCGACCCCACAGGCGAAUACUGUCCGACGUCGUUCGAUUCGAUAUUAUGUUGGCCAAGGACACCGAGAGCAACCCUUGCCGUACUACCUUGCCUAGAGGAAUUACAAGGAGUUCACUACGAUAGUUCACAGAAUGCAACACGUUACUGCACUGCUGAAGGAGUUUGGGACAACUACACAAAUUACGGCCAGUGCCUGCAUCUGCCCGAGUCCUCCGUCGUUCCUGAAUUCGAGCCAAACAUCGAACUACCCACGUUCAUCUACUACGUCGGUUACACAAUUAGUCUUAUUUCGCUAACUCUGGCGGUUCUAGUGUUUUCUUACUUCAAGGAAUUGCGAUGUCUGCGAAACACAAUUCAUGGAAAUUUAUUUCUAACGUACAUCAUGUCGGGAUUGCUCUGGAUUUUGACGUUGUCGGUGCAGAUAUCCAUUCGUACUGGCCUUGGGGGUUGCAUUAUCCUUGUAACACUAUUUCACUAUUUUAGCCUGACAAACUUUUUUUGGAUGCUCGUAGAAGGACUUUACCUCUAUAUGCUGGUGGUGAAAACGUUCUCAGGAGACAACAUACGGUUCACAAUAUACGCUAUAAUUGGCUGGGGUGGUCCUGCUGUGUUUGUAUUCAUUUGGGUAAUUGCAAAAGGAUUAACCACAGCACAGUUUUCGUCUGAGAAGCUAAAUAUUGAGUGUCCAUGGAUGCAUGACACUCCAGUUGAUUGGAUCUUCCAGGGACCUGCGUGUACGGUGCUCAUCAUAAACUUAAUUUUCUUAUUGCGAAUAAUGUGGGUCCUAAUUACAAAACUUCGUUCGGCCAACACCGUGGAAACGCGUCAGUACAGAAAAGCGGCGAAAGCCCUCUUAGUUCUCAUCCCCCUAUUCGGCAUCACGUAUCUUGUCGUCUUAACAGGGCCCAACGAGGGUGUCGGAAGCUAUAUAUUCGCGAUUGCCAGGUCCGUUCUUUUAAGCACACAGGGAUUUUCCGUUUCGCUAUUUUAUUGCUUCCUGAAUUCCGAAGUAAGGACUGCUCUACGCCACCACGUCGUCCGGUGGCAUGACGAACGCAAUAUCCGCCUAGGACAGCUACGACGAAGUAGAAGAUACACAGCCAAAGGUUACGGUCAGACGAAGGAUUAUUCGCCCAGGUCAAGAACUGAAAGCAUACGGCCACAGACAACGACAUAUAGCAGGUGGGAGUCUUGCACGUCAACUGGAACCACAACCACACUUUUGGGGCCUCCUGCAACUUUCGGGUAUCAACAACGAGGCUCCAAUGGACUCUUAAGUAUGCAGGACACGACUGGAGUAAUUAAUUCCCUUAUCGAGCAAGGAGUCGAGGAGAAUUCCGUUUGAGAUGGCAUAUAAAUAAAUCAUUCAGUUAUUAUCAUGUGCUUUGCUGGAAUCCAGCUUCUUUGUAAAUUUAUGUAAAAUAAAUGUAAGAAGUAUCUCUAAUCU